AUGCAGCUCGGCGUCCACUUUGCCCUCACCGAAGCGCAGGCAUCCCGCUUCCUCGCCGCCAGAGGCAACGACGCAGCCCUCACCGCCCUGAUCGACGAGCUCGAGGAAUCGUCCAACACCACCCCAACGUGCAGCACCGACAAGGCAUGGGACCCCAUCUCGUGCGCCCUCGCUCCCUCUGGCUCGGAGCGAGAUCCCGACGACUGGCCAUACACGGGCGUCAUUGUCGGCUGGGAGGAGCUCCAACACGGAGUUGGGAAGCAGGCCGAGGACGAGAGCGAGAGCGAGAGCGAGAUGACGCUCGGAUAUACCCCACCAGACAAGGUCAAGGAGGUGGCCGCGGCGUUGCUGGAGCUCAAGGAGGACGAUGAGUUUGGGGACGCCUAUGCCGCCAUGCCGCAGGAGCUGCGGAACGCCGAGUAUGGCGAUGAGGAGAGGCGGUACGCACAGGCCAACUUGGACGACCUGACAGAGUUUUUCAUGGAUGCGGCAGCUCGCGGGUUGCAUGUCAUCUUCCACGUGAACCUCUGA